AUGCGUUUGUUACGAUCGUCAACCUUUGCCUUUGGGCUUGUUACGACCGCGAAAUUCGCUGAUGCACAGGCGCAAUUCCUUGUCAAUGAGCUAAGCUUCGGUUACACUGGCAGAAUAAAUGAUCGAGGGCAAGCAACUGUGCCAGGCUUUUCCAUACAGGGCACGCCAGACGUACCUGAAGUCCUUUCCAACAAGUUGAUCCUUACGCCGCCAGCACCCGGUAAUACUCGAGGCGCGAUAUGGGCAGACCAACCGAACAGGUAUUCGACGUGGGUGGCCGAUGUGGAUUUCAGAGUGAAUGGGCAAGAGAGGGGUAGUGGAAAUCUCAACAUCUGGCUUGCAAGACGAGGUAACCAAGAAAUUGGCUCGUCUAGUGUCUACACGGUCAACAGGUUUGACGGCUUGGCCCUUGUGAUUGACCAGCACAGCGGAUCGGGUGGCAUGAUCAGGGGGUUCUUGAACGACGGCACCAUCGAUUUCAAGUCGCAUCAGAGCGUUGACAGCCUAGCCUUUGGACAUUGCAAUUACCCCUACCGUAACCUAGGCCGACCUUCUCAGAUCAAGCUAAGGCAAACGCCCCAGGUAUUCAAGGUUGAGGUUGAUGGGAGACUAUGUUUCGAAAGCGACAAGAUCAGCAUCCCACCAGGAUACUACUUUGGUAUCACAGCCGCGGCGGGAGACAACCCCGAUUCGUUCGAGAUCUUUAAGAUGGUAACCAUGACGGAGAAUCUUGACGCCAAAUACGAUGCGCCUUCACAGCAGCAGCAGCAACAACAGCAACAACAGCAACAGCAAUCAAACCAGAACCAGGCACAAGCACAAACGAGCUAUGGUCGUAACCCCAAUGCCCGGAAUAACAACCCCAAUGAAGCAGAUGCUUUUGGUGACUCUAUUCCCGAUGCUGCUGCCACCACUUACACCAGCUCCGAGGCUCAGUUCGCAGACCUUCACAACCGCCUACAGAGCACUAACCAGCACCUCUCAACUAUCUUCCGUCAGGUCGCAAGCCUGGGAAGUAUCGGCGAAAAGCGACACGAAGAAGUCUCGAAAGCUGUCUACGAUGUGAAGCAGAUCCUGUCGAAGUUAGAUAGACUCGACUCGCUCCAGAACGAAAUCACCAAGCUACAACGGGACCUCAAAGACAUGCGAAGCGAUAUCAAUUUGAAGGUAAAGGACUCGGAACACGCGGUGAAGAGUUUUAUAGGCACAAACCACGGUACCAUGUUAGAGCACGUCGCGGUGCAGGCCGCCCCGAAGCACGGGAAGCUAAUCUUCGUUAUCAUCGGAAGCCAGAUCCUGAUAGUGGCUGCUUACAUAUACUACGAGAGGAAGAAGAUCAUGCCCAAGAAAUACUUAUGA